CAGGUGGCAUCCUGUUAAUGAUCUGUAAUUAGUUUUCACCUAAGUCUAAAGGGCAGUAGGCUACAAAGGAGAUUCGUUUCGUGUAAAUGAAUUGCUUAUGGCGAGGUGUUUUGGCCUUGACUGUUGUGGCCACAGCCAUCGCAACUACUUACGAUGGCGAUGUCCAUAUUGAGUGCAGUAACUACACCGUUGGAGUGACAUGGACGGUGGGUCAGCAUGUGGAAUUCUCACGCGUCUUCCUCGGAAGCUGCUUUGCAACCAACGUCACGGAGCUUCCCGAUGGAAGCAUGAAGAUCGCGUUCAGAAUCCGACUCGACGAAUGUCGUCUAAAGCGGCAGAUAACAGCGAAGUGGGUGACUUACAAUACCAGGCUAACCUACAAGCCGUUACCCAAGCCGCAACCGCCUGUAUUCUCAGUUCCUGUUGAGUGCGAGUACAGAAGACCUAUGGGCAUGUUCCCAGGAUUCAUGGACCCAUCCUUUGGGACUGCGUUUGGGCACGGAAGCCUGCGGUUCUUCAUGGGGAUUGCUAACGGUGACUUCAGUGGGCCGGCCCAGUCCUCCACCUUCUACCUGGGCUCCCUCAUCCCCAUCUGGGCUGCAGUGGACCAGCAGGCCCACCUUCCCCUCCUGCUGCUGCUGGACGAGUGUGUGGCAGCGACCACUCCAGAACCGGACCCCUCCGGGCCCGUCUACCCCGUCAUCGCCAACGGGGGAUGUCUGCUGGACAGCAAGUUUGGGAGCUCCAGGUUCCUGCCCAGACAGCAAAGCUCAGAGCUGCGUCUUUUUCUGCAGGCCUUCCGUUUUGCCGCGGGACAGGAAGUGUACCUCCACUGCAGGAUCGUUGCCUGGGACCCACAGGGCCUGGACAAGAGGAGGAAGGCUUGCCAGUACAACAAAGAGCUGGAAGGGUGGGAGCUCUUAGACGAUCCUUCCCAGAGUUCCCUCUGUUCCUGCUGUGAUUCUCACUGCCUGUCCAAAGAGAGGCGGAGCCGGAGCUCGGACUCAGGGGUGCAGGGUGUGACCCACACGGCCACGCUUGGACCCCUCACCAUCAUCGACGGGUCUCGGGGAUGCCAGCACUCCGAAUCGGGGAAGUGUCCCGUGCCAGAACAAGAGCACUGGAGGCCAUGAUUUCAUGUAGCCAGAGUUUGGUGAAGCGUGUGCCUGCUGCAGGUGUCUCUGGGCAAGGCUGGAUGGGGACAGGUGGCUCCGAGGCUGACCUGUGGCACUGAUCCAGCAGAGGGCGCCAAACUAAAUCCUCUGGUGUUGAUUUAUUCUUUGCCUUCCUAUUUUUUAUUGAAAUAAACACCCGAAUGCUUUGG